AUGGCUAGAUCCCAUCUUGAUCCAGAGGAUUCCACAGCAAUUCAUCCUUAUGAAGAAAGUGUCACGGCUUCUCCACCUAUCCACAGCUUAGUUGCAUUGGUGGGUUCUUCAACCCAACCAUCGACAACAGAUUCCAUCUUGCAGGCAUCUCGACAGCUUGGAGACAAUUUCACAACGCCGUUGACAAGUUCCAGUCCACCAAGCUCAUCUACUGUGGAAGCCGGAUUUUCUCCUGAUGCGGCUAAUGAUGGGAGCGAUCGGAUGGUGCCAAGAUCUAUUGAUACUAUUCCUACGUCUGUAGCCGGGACACCAAGGAACCAAGUUUCACUUGGAGUGACACAGCUUGCUUUUGCAACUGCAACUGUUGGCCCUCUGAAGGAAGCCAAUCCUUCUCUUGAACCCCCAAGUUCUCUGUUGAAAGAACACAUCGAAAGCUUCCCAACAACUCUGUCUUUUGGAACUUCCAAAGAAGAUGAGAUCUCCUUGGUUUCUCACAGCAUACUAAAUAGCUCCCUUGUGGAAGCCAUCAAACUGGAACCAAAGGACAACACUUCCUCCAUUGUUGAAAGCUUGGUUGGCCCUACAGUGAGCUCCAUCGAUGGGCCCAUCUCAGUUUCCUUUCAGACCAAUCUGUUGGACACUACUGAUGACAGGAAGCCAUUAGAGACCCAACACUAUGGAAGAAAGAGGCAGAUCUCAGCAAGUAUGGAAGAGAUACCUACUUCAAAGUCUCCUCCAACUGCUAUGGAAGCUGAUUCAGUCAGAAAACUGACCAACGUCCAGCCAGUAGAUGCCUUGCCAAAGAGAGGAACUGGAGCUCCUCCAUUAUCUCCUCUAAGUUCUACCACUCUUAUGUCCAAGAUGCGGCAAACAUCAAAGGACUCUUCUGAGCCUGAGACAAUUACAGAUUUCUUGGUGACCAAGGGGUUUAGUCUUGGUACCACAAAAACGGACUCUGCUGUUCCAUCAUUCCCAUAUUUAGAUAUAGGAGAUGUUCUACAUCCAAUUGGAGCAACCUCAACUAGACUGACCUACACUGAUCUUCUAGAAGGAUACACCACUAGUCCUUCAGUGGAGUCUUUGGGCAGUUCUUCUGUUGAACAGAAGCUCUCCAGUCCAUCACAAUCUCAUCCCACAGUUUCUCUUCCAGGUUUGAUAGAAUUUGAUAGAUCUUCAGUCCCACCAUCCCACCGCUCUUUAUCAUCAAGCAUGACCUCCAUUCCCUUCUCUGGAAUCAGUGUCCCCGAGACAACUUCAAAAACAUUUAUUAACAUUACGGAGGGCCACCUAGUUAGAAUAGGGCAGGUGAUGCCUAGAGGUACAAAGUCAUUCAGUGCCACCCCACUCCCUCUAGAGUCAAGGAGUACAGGGGGUGGAAUAGCACUGUCCUUGCCUACAAAAGUUCCUAGAGUCGGCUUGCGUACCUCUUCUGAGAUGGCCACCUUGGAGAAUGCAAUGGGACACCAGGUCACAACUACCUCCACUGCAAAUAAUAUACAAGCGAUUGGCAGAUCAACGUUGCCCAUUCGUAGCUCAAGUUCCACCACAUCCAGUAAUUCUAGUGUUCCCGCAUAUCCUUCAUCUGUCCUGGAGACCAGAUCCAGCCAGGGAACUCCUAUAUUUUCUGCUUCAGCUACGCUGUGGACCACUCAAAGAACUCUUCCAGUUGAGCCAAAGACUACUUGUAGGAGCAUCUCUUGCCCAGUGAGUAUCUCCACGCCACCUCAGAAUAAUAGAUCAGCUCAAAGCAUGACUCCCCAACCAUUCUUGGCUAGAAAGGAUUUGAGCACUAUCUCAGGGACGAGGUCGCCCAAGGAGAGCACGAGCCUUGCUGGUGCCAGUGGAUCCAGAUCGGAAGAGAGAGACGCAACGGCAUUACCCAGAACCAAAAUUGUGACACGGGUCCAACAGGAUCCUUCUUCACAGCAGCCCAGUUCCAAAUUCACCACCUCGCCAUUCAACCCGUCGGCGAAGGAGGAUUUGACCCUGGGUACAUUCGCUUCAACUGUUCCGGCAGUGCGUGUUCUGUCUCUGUGGUUUCGUCUCCUCAAAAUAAAUUACACAAACUCCCUGAUGAACAAGUCUUGUGAAAGUUAUAGGAGACUGGAAAAAGAAAUCAAAUUAACAUUAAAGAAGAUACUGUCUACCUAUGAGAACUUUCUGCACGCAAAGGUUCUUCGUUUCUUGAAUGGAUCUGUCGUCGUGGAGAGCCAGGUGGCCUUCCAGGCAACGGGCCUUCUUCCCACCCCCUCGGACAUCAUACGGACAAUUGUGACAGAGGUUGAGAGCCGGAAAAUAGAUGCCUUUUUUGACUGGAGGAUAGAUGUGAGAUCUUUGCACUUAAAUGGAUUCGGCUUGAAAAAUCUAGAACCUGAGAAUUUGGCUGUAUUUUUCAGUCUCCUGGAACUGGGCUCCACAUUUGGGGACGAGAACUUUGCCCAAGAACACUUGGAAAGUCUGAAGAUCAAGAUGAAACAGUUGCUUGGGACCCGAUAUGCAGUUCAUUUGAUCUCGCUUAUUGAUAACCGGUACGUAGUAACAUUUCUGGGAAGGAUCAAUUCUGGACAUUUUUCCAGGCUGGAUACUUUGACCAAUCCAAAACAGCUUCAUUUGAAACAGUAA